AUGACAGAAUGUACAAGGGUUAGUGACAAAGAAAUAGAGCGACGGGAGAGUUACAUUCGUGCUGGAGAUCGACCAAGAGAGCUCCUCGAUCCUUUUACUUGGGAGUAUCGAUGGAAGUCAGGCACAUUGUUCACUGCGAUGGGUUUUGCUUCGAUUUAUGCUUACAACACUUGGUAUAGGAAACCGUGGUACUUUGGUAUUUUCCCUCGUCUUGCUCUAGUUGGAGCAAUUGGGGCACUAGCCUAUGGUGCUGGAGCGAUGCGUGAACACCACAACAAAACUCGUGAUGCCGUUAUUGAACAUUACAUGCAGCUACAUCCGGAUGAUUUUGACCAUUUUAAAGAUCGUAGUGGUCGUGCCUGGUCUGAAGUUCUUCUCCCGUGGUAUCCAAAGCGUGCUCAAUAUUACAAAUUCGAU